UCUGUGACUCAGUGUUUCUCUCUCUCUCACUGUGUUCUCUCUGUGACUCAGUGUUUCUCUCUCACUGUGUUCUCUCUGUGACUCAGUGUUUCUCGCUCUCUCUGUGUGUUCUCACUUUGCGCGUGCUCUCUCCCUCACACUGUUUUACUCUCUGACAGUAUCCUCUCCCCUUCCCAUCAAGUCUUGGGGAUGGAGCAUCCUGUCCGAGUCGAGCGAGGUCGCGGCGGUGGCGGUCGCCGUGGAGGAAGGGGCCGGGGCCGGGGCCGGGGCCGGGGGCGAGGAGCUCGUGGUUUCGGGGAGCGGCAGUCGGAGCGGAGCUGGCGGGGAUCCCGAGGUCGGGCCCAGACCCAUACCCGAGACGGCGAGCUUCCGGAGUGGCGGCAGCAGCAGGAUGAGGAUGCCAUUGGCAUAAAAGAAGAUUAUGAUCAACCAAAUGAAUUUUCUAGAAGACAAAUAGUUUCAAAUUGGGACAGAUACAAAACUGAAGAAAAGGAGCCUGAUGAAGGUGGUGAAUCUUUGCGAGGUACAGAUUUCAAUGUGCUGCUGAGUUCUGCAGGUGACUCGUUUGCACAGUUUCGGUUUGCUGAGGAAAAAGAGUGGGAAAUAGAGGGGACUUCUAGUAAACAGCUGUCACCUUUGUUUGUUGACUGCCAAUCUCUGGCUCAAUCCCUUCAAGAACUCCCCCUCUACCUUAGACUGAAUGUGGAAGCUGAGCUGGUGCAGAUCACUCUACCUGCUGAGCUACCACAAGUGAGACUGAAGGGUUUGCAUGAUGGCCCAAGUAAAUUUAGAGCACAAGCAGCACCUCCCAAGGGAGCUGUUAGUACCAUGCCACUAAAUGCAGUGGCAGAAGAUCCAGGCAAACAUACCUUCAAUGUCACACUUAACUCUGCAAUACAAGUACCUAAGAGUGCCCCUUCUGCAUCUCAGCAAACACCAGAUAAGCUAGACGAGGAGCUGGAUAUUUUACUUCAAUUAGGGACACCUGCCAGUAAAAGUGCGGGUGAUUUCCUUAAUAUAGCUCAAAAUGCAGAAAUUGUUUGUGAUGCUGAAACAGUUACAACUUCAGCUGACUCCUCAGAUACCGAAGUGGUAGACAACACAAAUUCGCGACUAGCAGAAACGGCUAAGAAGCUUGACCCUGAAGAAGAACUGGAAGAUUGGUUAGAUAGCAUGAUAUCAUGAUUAGAGUUUUGCAAGUAAAAGAAAAUUAAAAGUACAAUAACAACAGUGGCAUCUUAACUUCCUGCAGCAUUUAUUCCAACUGCAUUUCAUUGCUGACAAGCUAAAUACAUAUUUUUAAAAAUGUGUGAAAUGUUGGUGUAAAUGUUUACCCCCAAUGAAAUUCUGUUGAAUAGCUUAGAUUUAGUGACAGAGUUCUAACUAAUUACAUGUAAAAAGAUUGCAGAGUCAAGGCGUAAUGAAAACUGUUGAAAACAGGCCUUUUUUUCCGUAAAGAGUUAAUUCACACAUUAAUCACACGACUCAUUUUAAGAAUUUUGUUUACUUUGAAAAUCUUUUUUAUAUAAUCCAUUUUCAACAACCUUGAGUCUGCACUCAGGGCCAAACAUUUUCAUCCCAACCAAUGAAAGCAGAAGUGCUGUUGGUAAUCAGUUAAAAAGAGGUAAUCCUGUAAAAGGAUAUAUUAUUGAAUUUAAUUUGUUUUAUUUCACAACUGUGCAUCACAUUGCAAACGGUCAGCACUGACCAAUUCACUCGUGCCAAAUGAUUUGAAAUUGAAGUUUUAAGGAAAAGUGUACAGACAGCCAAUGCACAUAUAAUAUUAAGUGUUACAGAAUUACAGAAUUACAUGUCUUAUCCAGUAACAACUUUGUAAAUUAUCAGCUCAGCUGCUGCUGUGUAAGCAGAAUGAGAACAAGCUUAAGGUCAUACAGCACACGAUAAGACUUGACAUUGUGAACAGGAGAAUAAAUUCUAAGGUAGCUUUUCUGACGAGCAUAAACUAAAAAACAGAACAUUCACAUUGUUGCAUAGCUUUGGCUUAUAGGUAAGGCACUUUUUUCUGCAUAUUUUCUUACAGUUUUAACCCUUGUUAUACUUGUUGGUCUGUUUGUUCAGUUAACCAAAGUCACAGCAAAGGUUUAUUUAAAGUCUGGUUAUAACACUUCCAAUUCUGAUAAGUGUUGCACUUUCAGUGCUUAAUGGUGAAUAUCACUGCAUUUUAAGACAGUUGUAUUUUUAAUACCUUUCACAUUUAUUCUCAUUUUGCCUCAACAAUAAGUACCUGCUUACUUCAUUUUCCAUUCAUAUAUUCAAGUAAACCUUUAUGUGAUCAGUCAGUAAAUAAAUUCAAGAAAUGUUUCCAUUUAUCCAAGCUGAUCCUCAUACUGUUUGCGGAAACAGUCUCCAGCAGGGAAAAAGUCCCAGCAGCGUUCCUGGUACAUCUUCCACACAAAAGAUUCCUUAAAUUGAUGGGCAGAAAAUUAUGAAUAAAGUUAUUUGUAAAUCAUACUUGCAAAAAUUAGACAGUUUUACAGUGCUUUAUCCUGUCCAUUCAAGUCUGCUGGCUCAGUAACAGCAAUCUAAACAAUGAGCGAGUCAGAAGGAUCAUGGCCACUCCAGAAUGUGAGACAUAUUCUAAGUUGAUUUUUCUAUCCACUUUGAAAGUGUGCUAUCUUAUCAAAGGUGUGGCAUUGACUGCCCCCAAGGCACUAUAUAAAGAGUGAGCACCUGCAGUCAUGACCACCAUUUAUCUCUAACUGAUUGUUUUGCACAUGUUUGUUAGUUACCAAAUUGCUGUUGUGGGACAGUGCUGUGUAUAAAAUGACUAACCCUGCCUGCGAACAUUCGAAAAGAAACAGUUCAAGUAUUUUGAGAGACCUUGAGGAAAUGGUUGUAGUGUUUAUGCCACACAAGUGUCAGUCAAUGACCACCUUCAGCAAGAGAGAAACUAAGCAUCUCCUUUUGAUGUUCAAUGGCAUUACCAUUGCUGAAUCCCCUACUCGCAACAUCGUGGGAACUACCAUUGACCGAAAUUUGAACUACGUCAGCCAGAAAGCUACAAGAACAGUUUGGAGACUGAGGAUUCUGUGGUGAGUAACUCAAUUCCGGACUCGACCAUCUACUUGCCUGGAUGAUUGCAGCCCAACAGCCAAGAAGCUUGACACCGUUCAAGUCAAAGCAGCCUGCUUCAUUGGUGCCACAUCCAUCAACGACGCUGGUGGCAGCAGUUCCACAGCAUCAGUGGCAAGUUCUCCGAGCCACUCAGUAUUCUGCAGUAAAUCUGCAUUUCUGUUCCUUCACUGUCAGUGGGUCGGAAUCCUGGAACCUUGUCGCUAAGAGCACUGCUGUGGUGGUUUUAAGAAUGGGCUAAACAGUGAUAUGUACAUACCUGUGAAUGAAUUUUUCAAACUCCCAAAUUAUUUUUAAAGCUUUUCUUUGGAGUGUACUCUGUAUUUAGAGUUUCAAAUUGUGCUAAUAUCAGAAUUAUUUUAAGUACAUGUUCACGACUGGAUGCUGUGCACAAAUGUGAAUUAUAGUUACGAAAAGGACCCUCUAUUGUACAAAAGGAAGUAAUUGUAUCACCACUAUGCAAUGCUGUUGACUACCAGACUACUACAACUGGUCUUCACCUGACCAUUGUUAUUACACUACAGCAGAAAUUCUUGUUUCACAGACAUUUCCUUACCCUGCUGGGUAACACCACCAGUGCAGCCUCCAAUGAAGCACUGUUGUAUUUUCCCACCUGUUAUUUCAACUCUGGUGUCCAUUGAGUUGGAUAACCUCACUUCUGGUUUUCCUUUGCAGUCAAGCAUAUAUGUCGAUGGCUUUCUUAGUGGAGAACCAGGCCUCCGGGAAUUCUCAUGCUUGUCUCUCUUUGGCCUGUUCUAGGAUCCUGGUGCUGUUCCAAAUCGAACAGAGUCAAGGGAAUUCCUUCAGGUCUGGUUUUCCACUAAGAAGGCCAUCAACAAACACAGGACCCUAGAUAUAUGUAUACAGCAAAAGAAAACCAGAAGUGAGGUAAUCCAACUCAACAGACACCGGAGUUUAAGUACCAGGCGGGAAAACACAACGACAAUUCAUUGGAGGUUGCACUGCUAAUGUUACCCAGCAGGGUAAUGAAACGUCUGCGGAACAAUGAACCAGCUCGAUGAGUCAACUGGCUACAGCAUCAUAACCCGAGCUACAAAUCUACUGAAAAACUUUCUCUAAUGAUCUUUUAUAUCUGUAAAAUGUGAGUUUUCUAAUACCCACCUGGUCAGCCUUCAUAGUGUAGCCUUGUUCAACUUAGGGGGCCAAAGUUCUGCUGCCCAUGUCUUAACUCAUCAUGUCCUUUCAACCCUUCACCUCUUUGCUCACUGACAUAUAUUGUCUCUUAGUUAAGCAACACCUUGAUAUUAAAGUUUUCACCUCAGUUUCCAAAUGAUUUGAUAGUGCACCUUCCCAUCCCACACUCCAUCUCUAAACAUUUCCAGCCCUACACUCCUCAUGAGAUAUCUGUGGUCCCUCGUUCAUGCAUCCUGACACCAUGUCAAAUUUUAUCACUAUACUAUUAGAGGUUCAGCUCAAAACUUUGGAAUUCGCUCCUUUUAUUUCUCGUUCCUUCUUUAAGACGCUCCAUAAAACCAACUUCUUUGACCAGGUUUGUGCCCAUCUACCCGAAUUUUGCCUUAGGUGGUGCAAAGUUUUGUUUGUGUUUGCAAUAUGUUCUGAUAUAAAGUUUCUUGGAAUGUUUUACUAUGUUAAUACACCAUAUAAAUAAAAUAUUGGUAAAAUA